AUGUUCUUGAGUAUCAGAGGCGAGGACACUUGCAAGACUUUUACAGAUCACCUCUAUACGGCCUUUGUCAACGCUGGACUUUGUACUUUCCGAGAUGACCCUGAACUUGAGAAGGGAGAAAGUGUCAAGGAAAAUCUAGAGAAAGCAGUUCAACAAUCACGAAGUUCUGUUAUUGUGCUUUCAAAAGACUAUGCAUCUUCCAGGCAAGAAUCAAAGUUCAUCCAGAGUACAGUUAAAAGUGAUUCAAGACAAGCUAGGUUGUUUGCCCUUGAGCGUCGUCAAGGAGCGAGGGGAAGCAACUUAAUCAAUAACCCAACUGUAAAGGCCUGGCUCAGUGAUCUUAAAGAAUCUGUCUAUGAUACAGACGACCUGUUGCGGGAGAUCAACACAGAAAUGUCAAGGCAAAAGAUGGAGCCGGAAUUGGAAAGUUGCUCGAGUAAGGUACAAGAGCUCAUUUAUACUCCUCCAUCUCAUGCUUUCGACUCAGCAUUAAUGAACUCCAGCGUAGAGGAAGUUUUUAACAAACUAGACUUCAUUACAAAGCAGCUAUUAAAUGUUUGA